GGCAGUCAAACUGUGUGCUGGACACUCGCUUCAUCAUGCCUGAGCCAGGACCCAAAUCCGCGCCGAAGAAGGGCUCUAAGAAAGCCGUUUCCAAGACCGCAGUCAAGGGCGGCAAGAAGCGCCGCAAGACCAGGAAGGAGAGCUAUGCCAUCUACGUGUACAAGGUUCUGAAGCAGGUCCACCCCGACACCGGUAUCUCCUCCAAGGCGAUGGGGAUCAUGAACUCCUUCGUCAACGACAUCUUCGAGCGUAUCGCCGGUGAGGCCUCUCGCCUUGCUCACUACAACAAGCGCUCCACCAUCACCUCCAGGGAGAUCCAGACCGCCGUCCGCCUGCUGCUCCCCGGGGAGUUGGCAAAGCACGCCGUGUCUGAGGGCACCAAGGCGGUGACCAAGUACACCAGCUCCAAGUAAAUGCUACCAUUUACCGACAAUCCAACGGUCCUUUUAAGGACCACCCAAACCUGGUUAAGGGCUUUCCUUAUGUUAUUGACCACUUUAUUAAUUAACCAUAAUUACAGGUCGGUAACUGAACAUCGAUCUAUGUUUUCACGUCUCUUCAAGUAACAAAGCUCGAAAUCCACUCGCAAUACGUGUGUUAAGAGAUUGCAUAUAAGGAGUUGUGUGUGGAGAGCCGAUCAGUCUACGGAGUCUACGGACCAGAUCUCGGACCCCGGUUACUUAUUCCGAUUGGUAAACGGGCCACCAUAUUGUCAACUGUAUAAUCUAAUGUUACUCGAUACAUAAAUUAUUUUGCAAAAUAUGAAAAAAUCGACGUUACUGCAAUGGUCGCAGGGCAGAGGUCCAUUCUCAGUACUAGAUCCAGUUCCGUUUCCAUGGCUGCAGUGGUCUGGUUUCAUAUCUGUUCCCAGUGUGUUUAUCUGGCAAAAAAAAACGUAUUUACUGUAAUUAUAAUAAAAAGAUAACUGAU